AUGCUGCAGCUGUUGCGCCUGCUGCUAUAUCUAGCAGCAGGCGCUGUUCUCUUCGUGCCCAGCGAGCAGUCCACCUACUUCGAGUCGGCUCCAAGCUGCGGAUACGCAGCGACCGAGUUCGUUCACUUUGAGCAAAAUACAGAGCUAACUAAUGGGACAUCCUUGGGAGUUUGCCGCUGGGGCUUUGACGGUCUCAGCAAUACGUUGGGGCCUCAAGGCUAUACUUUGGUGCCAGAACCAGUCUGGCAGCUUGCGCCGAAACAGGAAUGCCAGCUGCAGGACUGCUGGUCGAAUGAUAGGUCGUGUAGCAAUGGCAUAGUGGAGUCCACGGCGUUCUGCCCGGAUGAAACUCGUACCGUUAAUUGCUGUCCCUUAAAGCGCUAUGUCAGAUGCUGCAAGUCACUGGACUGCAUUUCGAGGAGCUCGCCGGCAGGGCAGUGUGUCGACGGGGAGAAGGACUUAUUACCGGGGCAGCAAGUCUACGCGCUCUUGUUCGCAGUUCAGGCAGCAUCCAACGAUUGCUCUAUUUACCAGUAUUACGCAACCCGAAUAUGUCGAGCGGAUCGCACCUUCGCGCCGGCUUAUGCGUCGUGCGAAACACGGGCAGUCAGCAGAGACGCGGAAGGCUGCGUCAAGCUGCCCGGUUAUGUCUUUCAUCCGGGAAUCCGCUUACCCGAUUCAGACGCACAUAAUUGGCGUAUUGAUGACGAGACGCCGUGGAAUCGGUUGGAGGACGCAACGGCCGCGCAGCAGGCGGCCGCGGGCGACAUGCUGCUGAUGGCCUCACGCUGCUCCGCGCUGGAGACGUGUGCGGGUUUUCAGAAUACUGGUGCCAGCACAGACCUUUUUUAUUUGUUACCGACAAGAGAUAACAUGACUACGGUGGAUCACGCCGCCCCUGUGACACGGUGUCACGGCAUCUACGAGAAAUCCCCAACGCAACGCAGGUGCCCCCGCAUAAGCGGCUACCUAUUCAUUCCGCAACGCACGAUUGACGCAGCAGUCUCAUCAGCAUUCGCGCCUGCUAACAGCUCGGGACCAUGCAGCACAUGCUCCAACAGUUCUGCGCUCGCCAGGAAAUGUACCGUCGACAAUGACUGCGUUGGCUUCUCUAAUUACCACGGCCUCAUCAUCCACAGCGCCGCAAACCCUGACCUGCUCUCCGACGCGCCCAUGACCCAGUUCGCCAUGACACCCUGCGUAGGCAUGUUUGUCCGCACAAACAGCGCCUUCCCGCCAGAGGUGGAGCAGCUUGAUCGGUUGCUUUGUGGAGAGCUCAUGUACUGCACCACUACUCAGCUCCGAUAUCACGCCAGCGCCCCGUCCUCUACAUCUGGUUACGUGGACUUGGAGGUAGACGUUUUUUCCGACCUGUCGUUUCCGCGCGGCCUUCUGGACGCCACCGACGGCAGCCUCGGGUCGCUUCCGACCGUCCGCUCCCUCACUUUCCGCUGCCAUAACGAGAGCAUGCUGCUCGGUGGGUUGCCAGCUGGCCUGGUGGCGUUGACGCCCUUCCUACAGGAGCUGCGCAUGCAGGGCUGUCGUAUUACUGGUAGGUUGCCGGCGCAGCUGUCGCAGCUGCGAUACCUUCGGGUCCUGGACCUAAGCGAGAACGCCCUGGCGGGGUCGCUUCCCUCUGCGUGGAGCAGCAUGACGCUGGGCUACCUGAACCUCUCCCACAACGCCCUAACUGGCACACUGCCGACAUCAUGGCGCGGCGUCAUCACGCCGCAGGUUGUCGCGGCUCCGCCGCCGCCGGCGGCAACAGCUGCGGCUCCACCGCCGAUAACGAACCGCAGCAGCGCGGCACAGGCGACGGAGGCUGGGGCGACAGGGCCCCUGUCGCAGUCAGUGUUGUUGGUUGCAGACCUAAGCGCAAAUGACCUCGAGGGGCCCGUGGACCGCGGUUUUGUGUACGACAGCUGUGUGCGGAAGGAACUGCGCAUGCAGCUACAGGGCGCGUCUAGGGGUUUGCUGCCCACGGUCGCGGAUCUGCCAACCUUCCUGCUGCAUGACAACCCGGGCAUAAAAGAUUGGGCUGGUCGCUACUUCGUUGCUGACGUGCGCGGCAGCAGCGGCAGUAGCAAUCUUUGCGGCGCGUACGGUUACAAGAUUGUGCUGGGAGUGCUCUGGUCCGUGUUUGGAAUGUGCUUUCUAGCCAUUUCAUCAUGGUGGGCUUGUAAGGCCUGGAAAGCUUCCCGGGAUGCGCGCCGUGGCCCUUUCUACGCGGCAGACAUGGGCGGGUUGGCACCGGGAAAUGCACCCGCCUUGGCAUCCGCCGGCGCCGGCGGUAUCGAGGGCGCCUCCGAAACCGCACCUGGCAGCCGUGGUAUCGUCGCCACCAGGAACGUAGCGGUCCGCACAGCCGCUUGGGCGUCCAUGUACGUCGCCGCUACCAGGGACGUAGCGGCUCGCAUCACUGGCGUGGCAUCGGAAUUAUGGCGGAAGCGCUGGGUUCGCCGCGUGACACUCCUGGCGCGAGUGGGCUACCUGGCUGCCGACGUGGCCCUGGACAUUCGUGUGAUUGUGUGGCUGUUCAACGACGGCGACGGCAGCUAUGCAGCGGUAUGUCUGGCGUUCUUGGUGGCCACACAGGCAGUGAUUUCGGCAGCGGUGGUUGCCUCGAUGUCGCACCACUUGUUCUCCAGCCGCCUAGUGGUCGCGCUGUUGUCGCCGCUGCUGGUAGUGCUGGGACCGGUGCUGGGUCCGGUGCUGGCGUUGGCCAACAUUCGCAGCUCCGAUGUGCCGCUGGUUUUUUGGAGGUACUUGGAGCUCGUGGAGUUUUGUGUGGCGCUGCUGCAGGCUCCCGCCGAGUCCGUGACCCAGAGCGUCGUGUAUGCCCGGCUCAACCAGCUGGGCAACGGCAUGUACAUGGACCAUGGGCUCUUUCUUGCGUCCAUCAUCCUUUCCCUGGGGGACAUGCUCAUCGCAGCUGUCAAGCUCUGCAGGUAUAAGCGCGGUCCAUUCCGGCGCAUACUGGUGGCCCUGACCCACCUGGACCGUGUGCGAGAUCCCGUGGACUACCAAAAACCCCUCCUCAGUUCCGACUACGGCAGCCAUGCCGGGAGCGGUGCGGUCGAUUACGUUUCCAACUACCUGGACGCGCCACUCAAUCCAUCUGCCGGUGCCGAGGGACGGCGGUCGCCGACUGCCAGUCAGACCCAGAUGCCCAGGACAGACGCAGGGCCGCUGCCAGUCUCCCCACCUGGAGCUGGUGUGGCCAACAACGAUGGCGAGACCAGCGCGGCAGUGCUGGAGCCUUCGCCACGGGAGCAGCUAUCACCUGUCGACGAGGGCUAUGCAGCGACGGCGGCAGCGGCGCACACCUUCACGCCUCUGACGGCGCCACGCUACCGCCCGUCGAUGCUUGCCGCGAGCUCGCAGCGCCUGGGAGGCGGCGCACACUCUAUUGGUGUUCCGAGCCGGCUAGGCCCCUUGGGCGCUACGCGCAGCGGCGCCCUCACCGCCUCGAUGCAGGCCCCGCUGCGGCCCCCUUCCCACACCCACCUGCCAGUGGCACUGGCGGCGGCGGCGCGCGCGGCAGGGGAGCAGCCGGAGGCGUCUUCUUCUGCCUCGGCGCGAUCUUUGGUACCAGCCGGUGCGGAAGCGGCUAUGCUGGGUGCGGGCAUGAGUGAUGCCGCCGCCGGCACCGCCGAUCGCAGCCUCACUCGCCGGUCUCGCAGCCUGCAGACCGCGAUUCCUGCGCAGUCCCUCACAUCCCAAAACGCCCCUAUGGGCUUAUUUUCAUCCGACGUGCACGGAUCUGCUGCCACCGGUGGCCACGGGCCACCGCCUCUGGGCAUUACGACGUCGGCGCCAGUGCAAGAGGUGCAGGGGAUGGCCGGGCCGGCGUCGUGCAGCGGCGCAGCUGCUACCGCCCAAGGUCAGCCAACUGCCGCCACCGCGGCCACCGCGACGGGGGCAGCUGCCAUUGCGGCGUUGCCACCUCCCUCGCCAUCCAGCGACCCGAGUUAUAUGCCCUCGGCCGCUGCGGCCGCCAGGGCGGCCCUUGCAGACUCCAUGCCGGGCCCACUGCCGUCCGCUGCGCUUCCCUCGGGCCCCUCUGUGGCUGCGCCGCCAGAGCGGCUCACCCUGGGCCCCCCUUUCAGGUCCACCUCUAUAUCUGGGUCGGGUGAGGGUCCUGGAGCCUCACCAGGCGCUAGGUCGCUGCACCAUGUGUCCAGCCUUGCGACAUCGUCUCGGAGUGCCCAAGCCUCCCCAGCGAGGCGGCGCGAGGGACCUGUGUUGUCCAUUGCUGUGCCCGCCAGUCCGGUGCACGCUCAGGGCAUCGAGGUCAUCCGCAUGACCACACCGUCCAGCGCGAGGCGCUUGAGCCCCCAGACUUCUCGGGGUGCACCCACACCGGUCGGCAUGUUGCCGCCACCGCCACAACACCUUCAAAUGUUGCUGCAACAGGAGCGUCGGGGACGGCAGCAGCAAGAGCAACAAGAGCGAUCGCAACAGCAGCAACAGACUGCACAGCAGCAGGAGCCGAACGGUUGCCGCGAGGAGAUUCCGUACGCACACACGCCCCCACCAGCACCUGAACCGCUCGGCUCAGCGGCCCUGGUGGCCCGGUCGCGAGGGUUGGGCGAGGUUGUUGCGGCCUACAUAUGCCUGCAGAAGGCACGGCCCGUCACGCUGCGGAUGGCGGGGAUCCCGGGAGGCAGUGACAGCGGGCAUACACUGCGCAGGCUCCGCGCGGUCCAGGUCCGACCGCGAUGCCGACGCAAAUCAGCUCUCAAAGAAUUCGCUCAGGACUCCCAGGACGUUCAGACCGCUCAGCAUGCAGCCAACGCUAUCGGCGGCGACCACCAAUGUCCUCGGAAACGACUUUGGUUUCAGUCACAACACCUAGUCACUGCUACGCAACCGCAAGAUGCUGCACUGGGGCAAUAA